AUGCACACAUACGUGCACGCGUGCAUACAUGCACACACGCGCACGUGCACUUCGCAGCUGGUGAAAAUCCUGGUUUAGGGGACAUGGGUAUGACUCUGGUUCCAGAACUUCUCAUGUGUAUAUUCGUCCCCAAACUCCACUCCUCCAGCCCGGCCUUUUCCCCUCCAAAACUCCAGAGCUGUUGGUCACGCUUCCCACUAGACACCAGCUCUUGGCUCAGAAAGAUCUGAUAAGCCAAGAUGCUCGGUGACUUAUUAGUUUGUUGCACAAACACACUGGGCACUGGCUCUGUGCCAGGCACUGAGCUCAGGGAUGAUGAUGUGGACAAUAGUGUCCCAGGGAUCCUGACCCAAGAGCUCACAGCUGGAGGCUGAUGCAAGAGUUUGCUACCAUUUCAAGCACCGAUUGCAUCCCUCGUAUGUCUACUAUAACCUUUAUGUCGACCCAGAUUGAGGCAAAAGUGCCCCUACUUCAUCGAGGAAGAAAAUGAGGUUCACAGAAGUUAAGCAGCACCGCAUGGAUGAGGAACCCGAGUCUGCCUGCCCCGGAGCCUGGGGAAAGGAAGAGCACGGCCAGAAGACUCUGCCUUGUCCCCUGGCUACAGCCACCAGUGUCCUGUUCUGUCUCCCUACAGUGGUGGGGAGCUCGGUGGAUUCAUCCCCUAGAUCUGACGUAACACACGGAUGCAGAUCUCAGCUGCACAGGCUUACCACCUGUGCCCUCCUGCAAGCAGGCUACCAAGGGAGCCCCUGCAUUAAGACCCCCGCCAGGCCUCCCCAUCACAGGCCCCCUGACCUAUGGUAUUGAGGACCUAGUUUUGAAGUUGAGGGGUCCUCUGGCUCCAGAAUCCCUAGAGUUGGGGUCAGAGCUGUUGGGGCCCAGGACAGGCCAUCCCAAAAUAUCCCACAAUAGCAUGUUGAUUAUUUUGAAUUAAAGUUACUUGAGAAGCAGAAAGGGCCUCUGCCCUGCUGUCGCCGCUCCCACUGAAAGCAGGAAGAAAAUCACCCUGCGGAAGGUGCUCUCCCUGCACCUGAUCACCAGAGCUGGGAAGGCGGGUCCCAGAAGCCUUGCUCAUUUACCUCCUCCAACCUAAACUCUGCUUACAUUCCUCGCUAGUUACAUACUUCAAAUCUAAGUUUCUUUGUCCUGUCAUUCCUCACAAAUUCACUGUUUCUUUGGGUAAAAGAUCUACCUACUGCCUGCUUUGUUCACUCUCCGAGCAUCAUUUCAUGAUUCUCAUGUGCACGUGUAAUUAAAUUGGGUUUUCCUCCUGUUAAUCCGGUUUUGUGUCAAUUUUAUUAUUAGUCCAGCUGUAAGAACACGAGACAGUAGAAAGUGGAUUUUUCCCUGUCCCAACAGACCUUAAGCAGCUUCCAAAACAGAGCAGCUGCCCCUUAAACUCUGCACUUCCACCUCGCUGCAGGAGUGGGUCCCCGGGCAGGGGGCAGGCCUGAGCUGCUGUUUGUCUGGGAGGAGCCUGUUGCAACACUGUUUACCCACGUUUGUGGGGACCCACAGCCCCUGGGUGUGCAGCAGCUUCGGAGUCAGCCCUGAGCGCCGAGGUCGCUGUGCUGCCUGCUCAGGCCCCUUGGCUGCGCCUCUGCACCCUAUUACCCAGUGCUCUGUUCCCAGAGGAAGAAGGAGUCAACCAAGACCACUGACCCACCGCUGGAGCCAUGGUCCACGGGUACAAAGGUGUCAAGUUCCAAAACUGGGCCAGGACAUACGGCUGUUGCCCGGAGAUGUACUACCAGCCCACGUCCGUGGAGGAGAUCAAAGAGGUGCUGGCCCUGGCCAGGCAGCAGAACAAGCGGGUGAAGGUGGUGGGCGGCGGCCACUCGCCCUCAGACAUCGCCUGCACCGAUGGCUUCAUGAUCCACAUGGGCAAGAUGAACCGGGUCCUCCAGGUGGACACAGAGAAGAAGCAGGUGACUGUGGAGGCCGGCAUCCUCCUGGCUGACCUGCACCCACAGCUGGACAAGCAUGGCCUGGCCUUGUCCAACCUGGGAGCCGUGUCAGACGUGACUGCAGCUGGCGUCAUUGGGUCCGGAACGCACAACACGGGGAUCAAGCACGGCAUCCUGGCCACCCAGGUGGUGGCGCUGACCCUGCUGACGGCCGACGGGACCAUUCUUGAGUGCUCCGAGUCCAGCAACGCAGAGGUGUUCCAGGCCGCGUGCGUGCACCUGGGCUGCCUUGGAGUCAUCCUCACCAUCACCCUGCAGUGUGUGCCCCAGUUCCACUUGCAGGAGACCUCCUUCCCCUCAACUCUGAAAGAGGUUCUUGACAACCUAGACAGCCAUCUGAAGAAAUCCGAAUACUUCCGCUUCCUCUGGUUCCCGCACAGCGAGAACGUCAGCAUCAUCUACCAGGACCACACCAACAAGCCCCCCUCCUCUUCAGCCAACUGGUUUUGGGACUAUGCCAUUGGAUUCUAUUUACUGGAGUUCCUGCUCUGGAUCAGCACCUUUCUGCCGGGCCUCGUGGGCUGGAUCAAUCGCUUCUUCUUCUGGCUCCUGUUCACCGGGAAGAAGGAGAACAGCAACCUCAGCCACAAAAUCUUCAGCUACGAGUGCCGCUUCAAGCAGCACGUCCAGGACUGGGCCAUCCCCAGAGAGAAGACCAAGGAGGCCCUGCUGGAGCUGAAGGCCAUGCUGGAGGCCAACCCCAAGGUAGUGGCCCACUACCCCGUGGAGGUGCGCUUCACCCGGGGGGACGACAUCCUGCUGAGCCCCUGCUUCCAGAGGGACAGCUGCUACAUGAACAUCAUCAUGUACAGGCCCUAUGGAAAGGAUGUGCCACGGCUGGACUACUGGCUGGCCUAUGAGACCAUCAUGAAGAAGGUCGGGGGCAGGCCCCACUGGGCCAAGGCCCACAACUGCACCCGGAAGGACUUUGAGAAAAUGUAUCCUGCCUUUCCAAAGUUCUGUGCCAUCCGAGAAAAGCUGGACCCCACUGGGAUGUUCCUGAAUGUGUAUCUGGAGAAGGUGUUCUACUGAAGCAGUAACAGAAAAUAAGUCAAGCCCGCCCCAUCCCAUCCCGCAGGCCCACCUCUGAUGAGGUUAAAGGUUCAGUGUCCCCCUGGCCUGAUGGGAGCAGACUUCUCCCCCAGAGCCCUCUGCUACAGCACCCACAGCUGCUCCGACCCACAGUGAUGAGCCUGGAUCUGGGCAAGCCCCCACCCCUCUCCUACCUCCUUUAUCCUCACAGCAAACCAUGCAAGGGAGAGCACUCAAAUCCCCAUUUACCCCUCCACGUGGCAUCCUCUUUCCCUGAGCCUACGAUCACCACAUCCUGUUUUCCCAGGAGAUAGAGAAGCCCCAAAGUGUUAAGUUUGCCUAGGAGGUUAGAGAUUCCGUCAUUCGCAGGUUCCACCUGCCAGCUGGGCGUCUGCAGCUCCAGGGGUCCUCUCUCCAGGCCUCCUGGGAAGGGGCCCACUGACACGUGUUUGGGCACAGAAGUCAUGUGUACUGUGCUCCGCUUUCUUUCACUCUCGAGGGUCUUUCCAAUGCUCAGGUGAGCCCCCUGCCCUAGGACUGCCCUCUUCCAGAUGGGUCCAUCUGUUCAUCUGACCUCGCACAGCCUGACCUUCAGCAUGUGUAUUUCAGGGGAUGUUUAGGGAGUGGGACUCUCCUUGUCUUCUCCUCAAUAAAGGUCAAGACGUGAUUCACUUUCUGCUCCCCCUUCAUCUCCAAGGGAGUUCUUCGGGGGCAGGAGGCUCGCUGUUCCCUGGCUUCCCUCUGGAGGCAGCAGGUCGUGGAUUUCCCUGGAAAAUGCUCCUUGUUUUCCUUUUGCAAACUUCAUUUCAGUUUGUGUCUGACCUACCACACUGUGUGGCUAUUCUUUCAUGGAGCGUUCAUUGAACAUCUACUAGGUGCCAAGUGCUUUUGCAGAGUUAAAAGAACCCUAAGACAGAUUCCUGGCCUCAAGAAAUUUAUAUUCUAAUCAUAUAUCUCAUAAGAGGUUAAUAUCUACAAUAUAUAAAGAACUCCUACAACUCAACAACAAAAAAACCAAACAGCCAAUCAAAACAUGGGCAAAGGACUUGAGUAGACAUUUCUCCAAAGAAAAUACACAACGGUCAAUAAGCACAUGGAAAGAUGUUCCCCAUCACCAACCAUUAGAGAAAUGCAAAUAAAACCACAAUUAAUACCACUUCACACCCAAUAGGAUCACUAUUAUGAAAAAAAAAAAACCAGAAAAUAACAAGUGUUGUCAAGGACAUGGAGAAACUGGAAUCCUUGUGCAUUGCUGGUGGGAAGGUAAUAAAAUGUGCAGCCACUGUGGAAAAUGGUAUGGUGGUUCCUCAAAGAAAUUAAACAUAGAAUUACCACACGAUCCAGCAAUGCCACUUCUGGGUAUAUACCCAGAAGAACUGAAAGCAGGGACUCAAACAGAUAUUUGAACAUCCGUGUUCAUAGCAGCAUUAGUCACCAUAGCCAAAAGGCAGAAGCAGCACAAGUGUCCACUGAUGGGUGAACAGAUAAACAAAAUGUGGUGUACACAUACAGUGGAGUAUUAGUCAGCCUUAAAAAGGAAGGAAAUUCUGACACAUACUACAGCAUGGAGGAACCUUGAGGACAUUCUGCUAAGUAAAAUAAGCCAGUCACAAAAGGACAAAUACUUUAUGACUCCACUUAAAUGAAGUACCUAGAGUUGUCAAAUUCUUAGAGACAGAAAGUAGAAUGGUGAUUGCCAGGGGCUGGGCGAGGGGGAAAUGGGGAGUUAUUGUUUAAUGUGGAUAGAGUUUCAGUUUGGGAAGAUGAAAAAGUUCUGGAGAUGGAUAGUGGUGAUGGUUUCACACGUGUGAAUGUACUUAAUGCCACUGAACAUAGUGAAAAAUGAUUAAAAUGGUAAAGUUUUUGUUAUGUAUUUUUCAUCCCAAUAAAAAUAAGGAAAUUUAUAUUCUCGUUCAGGGAAACAAGACUAAUGUGCAUAGGAUGGUAAAUAGCCAUCCCAGGGAGAACGGGAUGAAGUGUCAGGGAAAUGGCACAACUACAAAGACCAGGCCAGCCCACCUGGACCAGACUUCCUCAGGAAGUCUGGCUCAGCAGAGGACCCAAGUCCACGGCCGUAAGAACAAGAACUAACCCUUCAGCAGGACCAGCUAUGUAAUUCUCAGGGCCCAGCGCAAAACAAUUAAGAAUUUCAAGAGGGUGACAGCAGAGCAUUAAACCAAGCACAGGGUCCUUCUGAGUACUACACAAGUCAUGCCCCCGUGAAACUAACCCUGCUCACCACUAGCAGGCAUGGCAGUUAGUGUUAUGUGUCAGCUCACUAGGCUAUAAUACUGAGUUAUUUCAUCAAACACCAAUUGAGGUGUUGCGCUGAAGGUAUUUUGUAGAUGUGGUUAACAUUUACAAUCAGUUGACUUUACACUAAGGGAAAUUACUCUCAAUGUGGGUGGGCCUCAUCCAAUCAGUUGAGAGGCCUUUAAAGCCAAAAUGGAGGUUUCUGGGAGAAGACUAAAUUCUGCCUCAAGAGCUCCUGACUGAGUUUCCAGCCUGCGGGGCUGCCCCACAGAUUUCAGGCUUGGGAAAUCACAUGAGCCAGUUCUUUGAAAUAAAUCUAAUAUAAAUAUAUCCAUUGGUUCUAUUUCUCUGGAGGACCCUGACUAAUACAUAAGGAAAGAGAUGGAUUCGUGAAGUUAAUACAAAGAAAAGCACAGCCGGCUAAACCCUGAGGCUUUGGAAAUCAUGGAGUCCAAAUCACUCCCAUGUUCUCCAGACGAGGAAACCAAGGCUCAGAGGGGAAUAAACUUGUCCAACGUCACACAGCCAGUUAGGCAAGGCAGUGCCUUCAAACUUUUCAACCAAAGUAUGUCUCGCAACUCUAUAUUUUCUAUAG